AUGAGAAUUGUGGUGAUCUCUAAGAAGGGCUACUUUCAAGUUGACCUCUACUCGGUACUUAUCGCUGCCGUAGGACCAAAGCAAGUCGAUGCACGUCUAGCACAAAUACUGGCUGCUCAUGGACCAAACCCUCUCGUCCUUACUAGACGAUUCAAAAAUGAAGUCGAGGCUGUCACAGAGUUCAUCAGGGAAACAUAUCCGAAUGUUGCAUAUUCGAAUUAUUAA